AGCUGGGGGGGGGGGAGGCGAGAGUAAACAAGAGCAGCAGCAGCAGCCGCCGCCACGCUCCCACUCUCACUCCCACAACUCUCCCACAGCUCUCCCACUCUCACCAUGUCCCACGACGACAACCACGAAAUGGAAGACGAGGUCGAGACCAAGAGCAAGGAAAAGAAGGUGGCCAAACACGACAGCGGAGCAGCUGACCUCGAGCGAGUCACCAAUUAUGCCGAAGAGAAGGAAAUCAAAUCCGAUGCCAAUUUCAUGUCGGUGAUUAAUGAUGUGAAAAGGCAAGAUGAAGCAAACAAGUUAGCAAAGGAGCAAGAGCUAGCCAAGGUUUCCAUUAAAAAGGAAGAUGUUGAGUUGAUUAUGAGGGAACUUGAAAUUCCCAAAGUGAAGGCUGAAAGAGCACUCAGAGAGCAUCAAGGCAAUCUUAUUGAAACACUAGUCACACUUACCAACUAAAUAUGCAUUACUGUACUUAAUUCACCGUCAUUAUUAAAAAAUGGAUUAACUAC